GAUUAACAGAUUGAUAGGCUUGUCCAAUGACAGUCAGGUUAUCCAGUCAACCAGUGUACAGAGGGUUAAAUGAUUUACAAGUAGUGCUGUGCUAUUAACAUGUAGUAUUAUUGUGCUUCUCACCCAUUGUACAUUUUUUAGUCUACACAGGCAUGGCAAAUAGGAACACUAUCAACGCACUGUCUCAGACCCAGGCCACUCGUGGGGAUACACUGCAAGGAGGAAGACCUAGAAAUUCACGUCGACGAAGACGUCUAGACAACGAAACAGAAAGAAUGAGUAGUGACAGACAACAGUUAGCUGCUGUCAUGAGCCAUGAAGGAGAGACAGAUUACCUCAGUUUACAGACCAUUAUUGACAGUCUUUCGCAAGACCAAAUGCGUCUUCUCUUCACCUUGAUAGCAGAAAGGACUCCAGCAAUGCUACGGGAGAUUCUGGUGGAGCAACACAUGUGCAAUGCUGGAAAUGCACAGCGGACAGUACAAAUCCCUCCCCCAUGGUGUGUGUGCCGCUGCUGCAGAGACAUGCCCACAUCGAUUGAACGAGUCUGCUGUGGGAAUGAACCACAUAACUGUUUGUCACAUAUUCCUGAUAUGAAUGUAGUGGUACUUCAUCAGACUGUACUUGCUGUCGCUGACACAUAUAGAAGAGCAAUCUUUGGGAUACCGGUGGACGCGGAUGAAAACCGUCGGUGUCGGCACUCUGCAUAUCGACAAUUUACUGUGUGGCGUUAUGGAAGACUAGGAAGCAGAGUGCGACAAGUGAUACCAAGUUGUUGUGUCUGGCGCAUUCGUGAAUGUUACCCUGAUGCAUUAGGCCAGUAUACAGGAUUUGUGCCAUAUAGGAGGAAUGUGUAUGACUAA